AUGAUAUUGAAGCAGCUUGUUGCGAUUGCAGUUUUCUCGAUUCUAGCAAAUGCUGUGCAAGCUGAGUCUAAUACCGGAAAGAAGACUAACCCAUACAAAAAGUCUGCGUUUCUUCAAUCUAUUGCCCAUCACGUCAACAACAAUCCGGACGCUUUGUGGCAUUCAUCUCCAUCUCUAGCUGGUCGUCAACCGCGCAACACAAACCUUCUCCGCUCCAAACGAAGUGCCGAUUCUGUUGAUUGGAGAAGUAAAGGUUGGUUACGCGCACCAGAUAAUCAAGGACAAUGUGGUUCGUGCUGGGCUUUCGCAUCGACACACGCAUUUGACGAUUACCGUUCAAUAGUAGCCAAGAGUAAAGAAACUCCGACAUCGAUGCAGCGUAUGGUAUCCUGUUGUCAAUUUUCUGUCUGUUUUGCAUGCGAGGGGGGCCAUCCAGGAGCCGGCUUUCUCUACCUCAAUAAAGAGGGUACUGUUGCUGACUCGUGUCGACGUUACAACAUAGACGACCUUCUUCCUCGUCCUCAGUGUCGCGCUUCCUGUGACGACAACACUCCCAUCGCUGACCCUCCACCCUACAAGCUCCAGUCGUAUGCAGUCGUCGAAGCCACUGAAGAAAAGAUACGUGAAGCACUUGAAACUGGACCUCUCGUUACUGGAAUGGAAGUCUAUCAAGACUUCUUUACGUACAAAAGUGGAAUCUAUCAUCACAUGACUGGAGAACUGUCGGGACUUCAUCUGGUCGAAAUGGUAGGCUAUGGAAGCGAGAACGGUGUUAACUAUUGGACAUGUAAAAACAGUUGGGGCACUGGGUGGGGCGAACAGGGAUACUUCCGCAUCCGAGCUGGCGUUAAAGAAUCGGGCAUGGAAGAUCAAGGAAGCAUACUAUCGCCAUUUGGACAAGGAACUAUUCCGGCAGCAACUUCUCCAACUCUGGUAGGCUCGGUUAAAGCUUCUGACGUCGGUGAUCAAGACGUUACUGAAGCUGCAAAAUUUGCUGCCUACGAACUAAAUGCUUUUUGCCCAGGACUGGACGCUGAUCGUGCAUCUAUUCACAACCUGACCCUCAUUAAUGUGAUCCGCGCUGCGCGCUCAGUUGUAGGAGGACAAAAGCUAAUUCUCACUGCAACCUACCAGGAGCCAGGUUGUCCAUCUACAACCUCAUAUGAAAUGACAAUCGUACGCGACACAGAUGGAGACUAUCGCCUAAUACGAUCCAGAUAUGUUCCACCCGGAAACGUCCAAACGUCAUCAGCUAAACGUAUUCAGGACCAACAAGCUGUCCUUGUUGGAAUGCUGCUGGCUGCGCUGCUGGUUGUCCGCAUCUUUGUCUAG